AAUUUAUUGUCUUGUGGUAAGUUUUUUUGGUUUCGUCCAAUAUCCUAUAAGAGAAAGAGAAAGUGGAAUAAACAAACUGCUCAAGCACUGAACAACAACAACAACAACAACUCUCUCUGUUUUCGGUUAUCACAAAGCACAUUUGACAUCACUCACUCACUUUCUCUCUUCUCUUUUCUUCAUCCGUUCUACUCUCACUUCCGAUCCUUCAAUUAAUCAUGUUCAUAAAGAAGCUCGUGGAGAAAGCAUCCAUAAAGAUGCCUCUUGGAAAUUCAUUGGAUGGGUUAAAAGGUAGUGAUGUAGAUCCACGUUUGGUAUUUCAUCAAGGGGUACCAUCUGGUGGUGCCAAGUUUGCCUAUGACAAUAUUCAGAAGAUACUGGCCCUAUCUACCAAGGAUGGACGGAUUAAACUAUUUGGAGAGGAUAAUGCCCAAGUCCUACUUGAAUCUAAAGAGCCUGUGCCUAGCAAGUUUUUACUGUUCAUUCAGAACCAAGGCAUCCUUAUAAAUGUCACUUUCAAUAACCAUAUUGAGGUUUGGGACAUAGACAAGAAACUGUUGUCUGAUGUGUACAUUGUUAAGGAAGAAAUCACUUGUUUCUCAGUCAUUAAACAUAGCCUCUUUAUGUAUAUUGGAUUUUCUAAUGGCAAUAUUUCAGUUUUGAUGCUUGAUCAAGAACCAUGGCAUGUGGUACGUAUGAAAUACACCAUACCCCUUUCAGCUUCUUAUGGAAAUUCAACUGAAGAAUCUGACGAUACAGUGGUGACACACGUACUGCCUCAACCAGCAGCCGAGAGUCAGAGAGUUCUCAUAAUCUUUAGAAAUGGCCAAAUAAUAUUAUGGGAUAUUCGAGAAAUCAGAUCAAUUUUCAGAACUGGUGGGAAAAUAUUGCAGACAAGAUAUAAUGAAACAAGGAAGGUGUCUUCUGCUUGUUGGGUGUGUCCUUUUGGAAGUAAGGUGGUUGUAGGGUACAACAAUGGAGAGCUCUUCAUUUGGAGCAUCCCUUCUCUAAACACAGGAAAUAGUUUAGCAACUGAUUAUAAUAGUCAAAACACUCCUAUGUUCAAAUUUAAUUUAGGAUAUAAAUCAGACAAAACUUCUAUAGGAUCAGUAAAAUGGAUUUAUGCUGAAGGAAAGGCUAGUCGACUAUAUGUUAUGGGAGGUUCUGAUUAUGCCCCUUCAAACUUGUUGCAGGUAGUGUUGUUGAAUGAGCAUACAGAAUCUCGCACAAUUAAGAUGGGGCUUCAUUUGCCAGAAGGUUGUAUUGACAUGGAGAUCAUAUCAACCUCAAGCAAGCAUAGACAAAAUUAUUUCAUUUUGCUUGGGAAAUCAGGCCACGUAUAUCUAUAUGAUGAUAAUUUGAUUGAAAGGUAUCUACUGCAAAGCCAGUCUAAGUCCAGUCCUUCACUGCCAAAGGAAGUGGUUGUGAAGUUACCACUGGCAGAUUCAAACAUCACAACAGCAAAAUUCAUCUCCAACAAUUCCAAUUUUUUUAGUUCUGAAGAUGAGUAUUACAAUCAGCUGGUAAAGAAUUAUCCACCACUUGUUCCCAUUGAAACAAAUCUCAAAGAUGGGAUUAACUUCAGUUCUUCCAAUUUCACUGGAUUUUCAAACAUUAGAAACAUGUACAUAACUGGACACAGCAAUGGAGCCAUAAAUUUUUGGGAUGCAACAUGUCCCUUUUUCACCCCAAUUUUGCAAUUAAAGCAACAGAGUGAAAAUGAUUUUUCUUUAAGUGGUAUACCCUUGACGGAAUUAUAUUUUGAUAGCAACUCUCCACUCCUUUUUUCUGGUGACCAAAGUGGAAUGGUUCGUAUCUAUAGAUUCAAACCUGAACCAUAUGCCUCGAAUAGCUUCAUGUCCCUUACAGGAGGUACAAAGAAAGGGACCGAUCACGUAAUCCACAGUAUGAAACUUAUAAAGACUAGUGGUACUGUAAUUUGUAUGAACAUAGAUCACAGCUCAAGGCAUCUUGCUGUUGGUUCUGACCAAGGAAAUGUUUCAGUUAUCAACAUAGAUGGACCAUCUUUGUUAUAUCGGAAACAUAUUGCAAGUGAAAUUUCCACCGGUAUCAUCUCCCUGCAGUUCAAAACCUGCAGUUUGCAUGGUUUUGAGAAAAACAUUUUAGCAGUUGGAACAAAGGACUCGUCUGUUCUAACACUAGAUGGUGAAACUGGAAACACAUUGAGCAUUGGAACUAUUCAUCCUAAGAAGCCCUCUAAAGCUAUAUUUAUGCAGGUGUUGGAUGGACAAGGAGAACAAACCGCAGGAUCAGUUACAAAAGAUGGCUUAGAGUUGAAAGAAGGGAUUCAUAUUGAAGAUGCAACAGCAAAGCAGUUGUACAUUCUGCUGUGUUCUGAGAAGGCUUUGUAUGUCUAUUCUUUUGCACAUGCUGUACAGGGUGUUAAAAAGGUGCUUUACAAAAAGAAGUUUCAUUCCUCUUCCUGUUGCUGGGCAUCAACAAUUAACAGCCUCUCUGAUAUUCGUCUUAUACUCCUUUUCGCCAGUGGAAAAGUAGAAUUAAGGUCUUUCCCAGAGUUAACUCUAAUAGUGGAGACUUCAGUUAGAGGUUUCACUUAUUCACCUCCAAAAUUGAAGUCAUUUUCUGAUAGCCAGAUAUGUUGUUCAUCCAAAGGAGAUCUUGUUUUGGUGAAUGGUGACCAGGAAAUUUUUGUGGUCUCAUUGUUGGCCCAGAGGAAUAUUUUCAGGCUUUUGGACUCUGUUAGCUGCAUCUACAGGAAGGAAAGGAUGCCAUCACAAGAAGAGCUUGUUCCUGGCCCUGUCAUCCAUAAGGAAAAGAAAAGGGGUAUAUUCAGCUCUGUUAUCAAAGAUUUUACUAGCAGUAAAGAAAAGCAUGCACCCCUCUUGGAAAAGAAAGAUCCCAAAGAAAGUAUACGGGAACUCUCAGCAAUAUUCUCAAAUGCAAACUUUGCAUGUAAUGAUAAUGUUGAUAAGCCAACAAUGGAUGAAAAUCAGCUUGAAUUAAACAUAGAUGAUAUUGACCUAGAGGAUCAUGUAGAAAAACGCAAAGAACAAAGCAUAUUGGGAGCUCUUAAUAAGAAGAAAUUGGCUGGCACAUUUCAAUCUCUGAAAGGAAGAUUGAAAGAGAUGAAGGGAAACAACCAAAAAACAUCAGUUAAGGAAGGGCAACAGGAUCAAAAAGAUGGUGCGCUUGAUCAAAUUAAGAAGAAAUAUGGGUUUUCUUCUUCCUCCAAUGAAUCAGCCGUGGCAAAUCGGGCACAAGUCAAACUGCAUGAAAACAUAAGGAAAUUGCAGCAGGGUACCAACCUUCGUGCCACAGAGAUGCAAGAUAUAGCAAAAUCAUUUUCAUCAUUGGCCAAACAAGUGCUGCGAACUACUGAGCAGGAUAGACGAAGUUGAUAAAACCCAAUUAGUUAAUUUAUUAUACUUAGGUCACGAUUAUUUUAUUUUUAAAUUGCACAUAUAUUCUUUUUAAUAUUUUUAUACGUCAGUUUGUUCACAAUUAUGUUGAACUCACACUUCGUUUUACACUGACAGCGGCAUAGACUAUGCUGUCUGAAUAUUUUAGUUUUGGAAUUGAUACUGUGUUUAAAUGAAAUCUUUAUACCAGUGGAA